AUGAAGUUCAGAGGAGUCGUCUUGUAUCUGAUUUUCCUGGUGAGUGUAACAACUGUCAGUAAUAACUUCUCUUUUCCAAGACUUUCACUUCCGUGUACAAAUAUGUAGUUAUGAAAUACGGUCUAACAUUUGAAGCUGUGGCUAAAUCGUUUGGUGUGAGCAUUCAAAUGCCAUUUUUCCUCUUCCUUACUGUUGCAUGUUUCUUUAACCACGAUUCAUGCAUUAGUUUGAGGUUUAAAAGUAUGUUUUAGCGGUCAUAAGUUCUAAUUGCCGACACUGUUUAAUACUUCUCCUUCUGGAGAAGGGACCGCAUUUCUACGUACCUUUUUCCUACUUUUGUUUUUAUUAAAUUAUAGAUCAGGAUUUCAAUAAAACAAGUUUGAGCGAAGUAAAUGUAAUGAUAAAAGGAAGAAGGAAAGAAUUCUGUUUUAGCCAAAAUUAAAGAGCUCCAUAGAAAAGGAAGUUCUCAAAAUUAAAUUCCGUUGACUAACAAGCGAAAAGUAAUUUUUAAUAAUGAAUUAACGACCUUAAUGGUAGGCCAUACAUAUUGAUGUGGAAAAUACGUUGUUUUUUUUUUUAAUCCCUGAGCAUAAUUCAGAUCUGUACGACAUUCUCUUUGGUUUCUUCCUACUCCCAGAAUUUCGUCAUAGGUUUAUCAAGUCGUUUUACAUGUUAAUGACAUAUUUGAAAACAUCAGUUAUGGCGCUUAUGAUUGUGUAGUUCCAGUAGCAGAUCCAGACCUUCGGGCCUCAGUUUGGCCUAAAAACAAGGGGGACCUGGCCCCUCCCCUGGAUCUGCCACUGAGUCGGCCAUUAACUUUGGUUUUGAACAAAGGGUCAACGAGAUUUCAAAGGAAACCACAUAUUAAGAAAUGCUUUAAAUGUUUUAGGUCGCUUUCCCAAAGAAUGCCAGUCCUGCCGCUAUCAAAGAGGGAUUGACGUCACUUCUGGAAAGAACAACUCUUGACGAUCACCCAGGUAGUUCAACUCAUGGCCAGUCCGACACCGCUGACCAAGGCAUGAUGAGGGCUGAAAGCUUAAAGGACGCGGUGGUCUGGGAUGCAGAAAUCGAUGUUCGCAGUCAACAUCCAUGUUUGAAAACUUACGGAGUGAUGGUAAUUAACAAUACUUUAUAUCCAAAUCAUGAAUGUCGCACCACUUCUAUGAUCGGAUGCUGUCCGAAACCGCCGGUACUUAACUUAUGUGAACCACAGAAAUACUAUGUUGCUGGCUAUGUCUUGGUGAGUGGCUGCACUUGCAAGAGUGGAGGUGAUUCGGAAUGCCCCCAAAGUUGA